CCCGUAUCGACCAAAAACUCGUAACUUACAAUCCUCCCUGCACCUAGACCAUACACUACACGAUUUUCAGCAAAGUUCUCAUUCUUGAAUGAUGCUGUAGAGCUUGCAGAGCCAGACGACUUGAAUCUAAAAUACCACCCCUUCCUUUCUUUACCCCUCUUGAUCCUUCUCACUCCCCGCUCCAACCAACCUCACGCGAGCACCCGAAUUUAGGCUCUGCUGCACGCAUCCGCACACACACACACACACACACACAGCUCUCAACCCCUGCUCCUCGCCGCCGAUUUGAGGCAAGAUGGCUAGCAACAAGGCCACCGCCAACCUCCGCUCCAACGGUGUUCAGUCGCCCGCUCUGGGUGUAGGGCCAUCUUAUCGUCCUGCGGAAGAGAGGCCGACGGCCACGGUGUCGAGAGAUGUACCUCAACAAAAUGUCCAUAUUCUGCCUCAGACGCCGCAGCUGAUUGCACUUUUGACCAUGAUCCGAGACAAAGACACCGAAAGAGCCGAUUUUAUCUUCUACUCGAACCGGAUCAUCCGUCUCCUGGUGGAGGAGGGCCUCAACCAUCUACCAGUUGUGACACAUACGGUGACCUCACCCGUCGGAAAAGAUUAUGUCGGGGUCAAGUUCCAGGGCAAGAUCUGCGGCGUGUCGAUCAUGCGAGCCGGCGAGUCCAUGGAGGAAGGUCUCCGUGAGUGCUGCCGGAGCGUGCGAAUCGGCAAGAUCCUCAUCCAGCGCAACGAGGAAACCAGCAAACCCAAACUUUUCUACGACAAACUUCCCCCUGACAUCAAAGACCGUUGGGUGCUUUUGCUUGAUCCCAUGCUAGCCACUGGUGGUAGUGCUAUCAUGGCCGUCGAGGUCUUGAAGAGCAAGGGCGUCCCCGAGGACCGCAUCCUGUUUCUCAACCUGAUUGCGAGUCCUCAAGGUAUCGAGAAUUUUGCCAACCAAGUGCCCAAGGUUCGUGUCAUUACUGCCUUCGUCGACCAAGGCCUGGACGAUCACAAUUAUAUUGUUCCUGGCCUGGGCGACUUCGGCGAUCGUUUCUAUACCGUCUGAUUGGUGGGACUCGGUCAUGCCACGCACAACAGUUGUGCAGUAAAUGCCACUGAAAGUGGUGGUAUCUAGAUUGCAGACAGAUCCAUACACCCAAAUGGGGUUCACAUGUCGCCACAACGAAGGCGACCAUAUUGGAAAGGAUACAUCUGGCCAGGGCAAGGUCGCCCUGCACGGAACAAAGUUUCAUAGCUCAUUAUUGAUCGUGGCAUGGGUGUGUUGGUUGAUGGGAGAUAGCCUGUAAUUUGUGGGAGUAUAUCAUACCUAACCCCCCC